GUCAGUAGCCCUCCAUGGGCAACAACCCGUCCCUUGGGAGCGCUCUCGGCGACUGCAUUGUCUGCGUUCAGCGGGACAAGGAGGCUGACGCCGAUGAGGAUCAGCUGGCGAGGCUGCGGGCGGCCCUUCCGCCGCUCCCUGAGAGGCCGGUGCGUCGGCUGCACGUGCAUCUGCUCAACUCAAGCAGACUUGAAGAGGACCUCACAGGUGGACAAAACACGCCAACUGCGUGCUCUCGUGUAUGGGGCCUCUCUCUGUCUGUGUGUGUCUACCAGCGUUAUGUGAGGCGCCGAACAAGGUGCUGGUGACGCUCCUUCGCACGCCCCACUUCAUCCAGGAGAACGCCCUCUCCCACGGCUUCCUCGACGUACUCGCCAUCAUCGCCGACACAGCUGACAGCGAACCAUCCAGAUCCACAGCCGGCCCCCCUCUCCUCACCGACCCUCCCCACCCCCACCACUCCCACUCCUCUCGCCCCUCUGGGACACUCCGGCCGGCCUAUCGCGUCGAGCACGUCGAGUGGGACAACUGCCCGUCUGACUUCUUCGCCAAGCGUCUGGAGUACUACAUCUCGUCUGCAUGGCGGAGUCGCGGCGUGGCCUUCAUGGGCGCGUUGCUGGAGCUGUCUGUCCACGGCAGCCACGCCCACACGAUCGUCAUGCGUGACAGGCCCAUCGACCCCGCUGAGUGCGGCACACGAGUGUCGGUGCACCCCAUCGAGGCGCCCGUCAUGACGCCCUCGACCACCUCUGACGGCCAUGAGGCCUCCGCGGCCUCGUCGUCGUGCGACAACGGGAGGGAGAAAGUGGACGAGGUGCAGGCGGUGAUGGACUUCUGCGACGCCGUGUCCGACAAGCUCAACGCCGACCCCUACAGAUUCAUCACCCAUACCUUUCUGCACCAGCCGCCGUCCACGGCAGCCAGCGCACUCCCCACCAUGCCCUCCCUCGUCACCGUGUGGCAGCGCUCCGCCACCCCCCGGCAGUAUUGCGUGCAGGCGCUCGACCUGGCCUCGUUUGACAUGAGUGAGUCCGACGGGUGGCUGGGGGCCGUGGGCGACAUGAUGACAGAGUGUCUGCUGGGCGCUGAGGAGCAGCGGCGGAUGAUUGCUGCCGACCGGCUGGAGAGGCAGCGGGAGGUGGAGGGUGUGGUGCCGAUGCCAAUGCCGUUUCCCGAGGCGGCGCCGGCGGAGGCAAUGGGGAGGGGAGAAGGGAAGUCUGACAGCUCGGAGGAGGGAGACACUGGCGAAGACAAAUACCGCAGGUCACACACAGCGCCCCCUCACAAGUCUGUCUGACCAUCUGUGUGUUUUUCGUUCAGGUUUGUCUGUCUCCUUCCCACCCCGCCGCCGCUCUCCUCCCUCCUCCCAUCCGCCGCCCUCGGCCUCUCGUCGCCCCACCACACAAAGCAGCACCCCCACACAGCCAUCGACCUGUUCGCCAACGAGGCGGCCCUGCUGGCCGUCUACGAGAGGGUGGUGACGGACCGACAGGCCAUGCCGCCCAUGCCGCUGUCGCCGAGGCUGAGGAAGACGGCGGGCGGCGGGGGCAAAAGGGGCGGCGGCCGGGUGUCCUUCUGUGAGCCGUUGGGACUGAUUGGGACGAGGGAGCAUUAGGUAGCUAGACCUCGAUUGUGUUGUGGUUGGUGUACAGGUUGCUGAGAGGGGAUGUGUUGUGUGUGAGGUGUGAUGUUAGAGAGGUGGUUUGUGUGUGGUGGGCAGACGUCGACUGCUUCAUCAAAAAGGGUCUGAGUGAUGUAAUCGGUUUUGAGAAGAGCG